AUGGAAACCUGUCACUUUAUAAAGUGGGCAGUGACCAGUGACAUCGAGAAGAAUCGCUGCCUUGCGUGCGAAACUCACCCCAAAGCCGUGGACACGAUUUGGCCGGGAAUCGCCGAGUGCUUCACCAAGUACGUGCUGUCGUUGUGUUCGCCACCUCCCCCACCUAAUUCGCACAUUCGACGUCAGCAAACCGAAAAUCUGCCGAAACAGUUCUUUUUCUUCUCCCGCGGACUCGUUUGGAUCUCAAAAUUGUCGAUUUGCCGAGCCACUCUUGUGUAA